AUUAAUGACGUCGCGCUGUAAACACGACUGACGCUCAGCUGCGUGGCUCCGGAGCAUCAUCCUCCUCCAAACAGCCCCAAAGACCUCUCCAGUGUUCCUCCUCCUGUGUUUAUCUCUCGGACGGGACCCGCUCUAAAAAAGCCUCUAAAAUAAACUGCAGGUUAUUCACCUCGACUCUCAUAUGCGGUCUCCAACACCAAGACGACGCUGCAUUAGUCCCACGAAGUGUCAUGGCUAGAAAGACGGACAUCCCCUCCUCUUACUAUGGUGAGCCGAGCAAGUUUGACCCAAACUUCAGAGGGCCUGUUCAUAAGAGGAGCUGCACUGAUAUGGUUUGCUGUGUUAUCUUCAUCGUUGUCAUCGUCGGCUACAUCGCUCUGGGUACAGUGGCUUGGAUCCAUGGUGACCCCAGGAAGGUCGUCUAUCCAACCGACAGCUUCGGUCAGUUCUGUGGCCACCCGAACACCCCCAAUGCAAACAAAGCCAUAUUAUUGUACUUCAACAUGUUGAAAUGUGCCAAUCCUAGCGUUUUGAUUAACCUCCAGUGCCCUACAACCCAGAUCUGUGUCUCCAGGUGCCCUGACAGAUUUGAAACUCUCGCGGAUGCACGGCCAAAAACCCAAAACUGGAGAUAUUACAAGCAAUUCUGUAAGCCGCGCAUCGGGAUCAGCAGUAAGUCAGCUGCAGAAAUCCUACGAGAUGAAGACUGCCCGUCUAUGAUCGUGCCAAGCAGACCUUUCCUUCAGCGGUGCUUCCCUGAUUUCAUUACAAGAAAUGGAAUUUUAACUGUAGGCAACCAGACCACUUUCAGUGACGCUGACAAUAACAGGAGAAGUGUCAACGACCUCCAAGAAGGUGCCAGGGCUGUCAACUCUGCACCCAGAGGGCUCUGGACAGAUUUUACAGGAGGUAUCACCAAUCUGAUGAAUGCCAAAGAAAUUGGCUUGAGGAUCUUUGAGGACUAUGCAAAUUCCUGGGACUGGAUCCUCAUUGGUCUGGUGAUAACAAUGGCGGUCAGUCUGGGCUUCAUCCUGCUGCUGCGCUUCACUGCUGGUGUGCUCCUGUGGCUCAUUAUCUUUGGUGUCAUCGCCGCGAUCGGCUUCGGUAUCUGGCACUGCUACUGGGAGUUCAGCACUCUGAGCGGGAAGCCAGGUGCUAACGUCUCCAUCACUGAUAUCGGCUUCCACACAGACUUCAGCAUUUACCUUCAGCUCAGCCAAACGUGGCUCGUCUUCAUGGUCUCGCUUUGUGUGAUUGAGGGCAUCAUUGUGGUUAUGCUGAUAUUUCUGAGGAAGAGGCUGUGCAUCGCUAUUGCAUUACUGAAGGAGGGAAGCAAGGCCAUCAGCUACAUCAUGUCCGCUCUCUUCUACCCCAUCAUCACCUUUUUCCUGCUGGCCAUCUGCAUCGCCUACUGGGCCGUCAUAGCAGUCUUCUUAGCAUCAUCUGGUGAUGCAGUCUACAAGGUCACACCUGCUGACAAUAAUUGCAUGUAUGCGAACCUCACAUGCAAUCCACAGAACUUCAAUGGCACAAAUAUAACCAGAGUGUGCCCCGGGUCACAAUGCAUGUUUGCCUUCUACGGCGGGGAAAGUGUGUACCACCGCAACAUCAUAGUCCUCCAUCUGUGUAACCUGUUCAUGUUCCUCUGGCUGGUCAACUUUACCAUCGCGCUGGGCCAGUGCACCCUGGCCGGGGCCUUCGCGUCCUACUACUGGGCCCUGAAGAAGCCAGACGACAUCCCUGCAUGUCCCCUCUACUCCGCUUUCAGCCGAGCCAUACGUUACCACACAGGUUCUCUUGCCUUCGGUUCUCUGAUCCUCGCUGUGGUUCAAAUGAUCCGAAUAAUUCUCGAGUACCUGGAUAAAAGACUGAAAGGUCAUCAAAAUGGAUGCACUCGAUUCGUAAUGUGCUGCCUCAAAUGCUGCUUCUGGUGCCUGGAACAUUUCAUCAGGUUCAUAAACAGAAACGCAUACAUUAUGAUAGCAAUAUAUGGAAAGAACUUCUGCACCUCUUCCAGGAAUGCUUUCUUCCUCCUGAUGAGGAACGUUAUUCGGGUGGCUGUCCUGGACAAGGUGACAGACUUUCUGCUCUUCUUGGGAAAACUGCUUAUUUCAGGAAGUGUUGGUGUUCUCGCAUUUUUCUUCUUUACACGUAAAAUCCCAGUCAUUCAAGAGAAGGUGCCAUCCCUAAAUUACUACUGGGUCCCCCUUCUGACGGUGAUAUUUGGAUCCUACAUGAUUGCACAUGGCUUCUUUAACGUCUAUGCCAUGUGUGUGGACACGUUGUUCCUGUGUUUUUUGCGGGACCUGGAGGCAAACGACGGCUCACCCGGUCGGCCCUACUACAUGAACAAAACCUUGAGGAGGAUCCUCAACAAGAGAAACCUCGGGUUGAGAAGGAAAUAGAGGAAAGACGAAAGGUGGGAGAAGGAGAAAGACUCAAGGUCAUUUACCAAAGCACGGUACAAACAAGCCCAUGUGGCAAUAAGCAUUUUGCCAAAUGUAAAUUAAGUGUACACAAGUUGCAACUGUGCACUAUAAUGGACAAACUAUAGCAACUCUAAUAAUUAUAUUUACCCACAUGAUCAUAAUUUAUGGAUUUGCUAGUUGGCAUUUAUAGCUAACUCCAGAAGUCAGUUUGUAUAAAAAACAUCUUUUUAUUGGAUGGUUGACAAUGUCACACCAAGUUCUUUUAAAUAGUUUUGUUUUAUUUUGUAGUUAUAACUGAAAUAUAUAUAAAUAUGUAUAUGUUUUACAGCCACAGUCAUACCAUACAGUAAGUUCCUAUUGGAACAACUGAUUUCUUUAUUGAGACUGUGGUCUUGUAGUUUGUAGUCUUGUAGGACUUGUAGUUGCCAGUUUUCACCACUUGGUGGUGCCAGUCGUCACCAGACGUCUAAUGUUAUUGAGGUUUGAAUGCUCUGCUGAUCGAACUAGUUUUUCCAUGAAAUGGUCAAACGUCAGCUCAUCUGUCUCAAAUUGUCUCACAUUGAGAAACAUAUUUGUGUCCACUGUUUUAAUAUUUAACUGUUGAGGACAUAAUAGUACAGCAGUUCAAAGUGCUUCACUCUUUAAGUGCCUUUUUUUUAGAAUUGCCACAUUGAGUGUCUUAUUGCAUCCUGCAGCUACAUCAUUUUAUUUUUAAUGCUUUUAAUUUAAUUUUACAUUUUUAAAGAACUUUUUAAAGGGAUAGUCAGCAGCCAGUGAUGGAAGUUUUUGUCUUUUUUCCUCUUGUGAAGUAGAAGGAUGUUCUGUGUUUGGUGGUUUGGAAGCAUCUCACAUAACCAUAAAGUCACAGGUUUAUUCUCCGCUGCAGCCGGUGUUUCCAAUCAGCAAAGAACGCAGAACCUCAACAUUUUACAUGUGCUUACCAUUACAACGUGUGCUCUUUAAGUGAUACUCCCCCGAAAUGUAUCUUAUUAGUGACUAAGAGUCGCCUCCUGUUAAAGGUGACUGUAAAAAGCUGCUUCCUUUACAGAGAACAGUGGCUGUGGUCAUCUUGAUUUGAUGCCAAUUGCAAUUAGGGCUGGACGAUCAAAUAUCACAAUAUGUUUUGACCAAAUACCUCGAAAUCGAUAUUGCGACAAUAUUGUAGGGUAGAAGACCACUGGUCCUUUCACAAAAUAAUACAAAUGAUAUUUUUAAUAAAUAAUCAUCAAAUAAUCUAAAAUGAUAUCACUUUACUGUAAUGCAGCCUUUAAAACCAGGAAAAGACAGCACUUAUGCCAUAUCACGAUAUCCAGAAUCUAAGACAAUAUCUAGUCUCAUAUCACAAUAUCGAUAUAAUAUAGAUAUAUUGCCCAGCCCUAAUUGCAAUGCUUUCCAACAAUACUAGUACAUUUUCACAGCAUAACAAAUACACCUGCAGUAUAAUCCACUUCUCUGCUGUCCAUUUGUAUCCUUUGUAUGUUUCUACCACACCAAAAUAUGGCAAGUAUGAGGCUUUUGUUUGUCACUUUACUUGGUCACAUGUCACAAAUGAAAGCAACAUCUGACAAAAAUAUACAACUAACUGCAUGAGCUACGAACAGAAGCAGUGUAUUUAGCCGUUCCAACAAAGAAAUGUCUGAAGUGUCUCAAACAGACUGAACACACGGAUGGAGAGCAGAGAAAUUUGUCUAAGCUGCUGGAGAUAUUUGAGAAGUUUCUGUGAUCAUUUUAAGAUUUAAUCUGCUGUAUAAACGACCUGUAAAGGAUGAAGAUUCUGUCUUUGCUCCUAUCCUGAUACAUCUGGGUAGAGUAUCACCUUAAUUCUGAAGAUUAUUGAACAAAACAUAAGACCAACAUUUCUUGUUGGAGCUGUGAACUUCAUUUGAAACAGUGUUAAAUCGUUUUUGUCACUAUGGGUCAUGUUGUUGAUCCAUAGUGGGGCUUGUACUGCAUAGUAGUACUGAGUUACUAAGGUAUUAGUUGAAAAUAACUUUUUUUCUGUCAAUCAGAUUUUUUUUUUUUUUUUAAACUUACCAUGUGUUUUACAUUGGUUACUCUAUAGGUAUAGGGAACGGGAAUGUGACGUCACCUACAGCAAGUCAGCCAUUUUUUUGAGGGUAAAGGGUCAGAGCGCCAUCCUCUGGCUGUUUACUGCCAGUAUCAAAAGAUAACACAAAACACUGCACAGUGAUUAAGAUUCAAAAGCUGAAUUAUAGUAUAUAUAGUAUACAGUCAGACACAAAGGUAGGCUAAUGGGUUAUGGGUUUCAUUUUGCAAGAUAUCGGUAGAUUAAAUAUGCAGUAUUAGCCGACGUUUUGUUAGUAUUCGGUUGGCAUAACAUUAGCUAGCUUAUCUUUGUCCGGAUGAUGGCAUUUGCAUUUGCAUUGGCAUUUGGCUUGGAGAUCUUAAUGUCAUAUACCUACCCAUUUGUAAAUUGGACAUCGGCCUCCAAAGAUUGACAUAUUUUGAACUGCUAACAGGUGUUCACUAACGCCAAAACACAUCAGUGGCUGUCUUAAAUUUUGUAAUAUA